AUGACGACCCCUCUCGUCUGGAGACCAUCGCCAGUGUCCAUGGCACGACACAACAUGCAGUUCGCCGGCUUCUUCACCGCCUUCAUGAUCCCCUUGGGCCUGUUCAUGUGGGGUGUCCGCGACCCAGCCAGCGUCGCCGAAGCCAGGAAGAGAGCCGCCCGACGGGUUGAUCUAGAAGUGGAAUACAUUGCCGACGUCCAGUGGAACACCAAAGCAUUUCAGAAUCUCGUGGCGGAGGAGGACACCAAGGAUCUACUCGAAGCCCUGAUCAAGAAUCAGCUGAAGAUUGAGACGUCGACCGAUUUGAUCGCCGGUAAAGGGAACGGCUUGAUCGUCUUGUUACAUGGGGGACCAGGCACGGGCGAAACUUACACGCCCGAGAGUGUCGCCGACUAUGCACAGAAGCCUCUGUAUCGCGUGACAUGCAGGGACAUUGGAACCGAGCCCGUCGAAGUCGAGAAAUACCUGGAGACCGUGCUUCGCCUCGGCCGUCCCUGGAGUUGCGUCGUCCAGGAGGACGACGCGGAUAUUUUCCUGGAAGAACGGACACUCGCAGACCUGAGACUGAAUGCCUUCGUGUCCGUCUUCUUGCGCGUCCUCGAGUACUACAACGGGUCAUCAAGUAUGUAG